AUGGAGGCUACCACGGCUGAGGGAUGGAGAACGGUCCCGAAGCGCAAGGGGCGGCGCCCGAGACCAGCCGAGCCGCACGUGGUAGCGGAGGUCCCUGAGACGGGCGGGGAUGGCGAGGCAGUGCGAAGGCGGGUCUGUGAGGCCCGGGAGGACCUGAUCAUCUCUGAUUUCUGGCGUUUAACAGAGGAACUUAUCCAGAAGUGUUUUACUAAACCUAUGGACCAACUACAGGGAGGUCCAGAGCCCAUUUCAGAAGUCCUUGAACGCCUCUGUCUCGAACCAUCACAGCACCCAGUUGAGGCACCCAAUUCCAACUUAAGGGAAGAGUCAUUAGAGAGGACAAGCCAUUUUAAGUGUGUUUGCUAUGGAAUUGGGAAGUUUGCUUCAUGUGUAAUAGCUCGAAACCAACUAGCAUUUUUACUUCUCUUUCUGGAAAAGUUACAGAUUCCCAGAAAUCACUGCUAUUUAUUUGAUCCUCUCUUUAAUAAACUUGAAAUUUCCGUUCUUAAUGCCUUCGGUCUGACUGUUCUCAAUGAGAAUGAGGAAGGAAAACGGAGUAUCUGUGGUGAACCCACCAUUUUUUACAUGAUCCACUGUGGAACGGCUUUGUAUAAUAAUCUAUUAUGGAGUAAUUGGUCCAUCGAUUCUCUUUCCAAGGUGAUGAUCAUUGGAAAUAGUUUCAAAGGAAUUGAAGCAAAGUUGUUAACAAGGAUUCUGCAGAAAAAUUACCCCUAUGUGGCAAAGAUUUUAAAAGGAAUAGAAGAAAUUGAAUUUCCCCAGACAUCGCAAUAUAUGGAUGUAUUUAAUGAUACUGCUAUCCAUUGGUUUCCUUUACAAAACCUGAAGGAGUUCCCCAGUGAAAUGUGGACAUUCCAAGAAGAGCCAGACUAUUCAGAAAGUGAAGAGCUAGAAAUCAUCAGGAACAAGAGGAAGUCAACUCAGCCCUUUCUUCGGUGAUAUUGGUUUGCCAUUAUGGUAUAGUGGACUUUGAAGUACAGACCCAGAAAGACUUGGUUUCAUCUGGCCUUGUUCAAGUUCUAGAGGCCCCAUGCUCUAGGUGGACAGACUAUAGCAGAACACGUCUCAUCUGAAAGCUAAAAAGCAGCUGCUGCUUUAGAUGAUUACGAAAAUAUUGUUUCUUUUAUCCAAAUGGACUCAGACUGGGAGAAUUCAGGAAGAAGAAUCAUGUGAUAUGCCAGGCCUUCCCAAUGGGAGUAUUUUAUAAAUGUUGAUAUUUUAUAAAUAACUCUUGGAAAUAAAUGUUUAGUAUUU